AGAUUAGAACUUUUGAAAAUAAAGAUUUGAUUUUUGACGAUGAGAAUUGAUGGCGCCCAAUGCAAUGCAAUGCAUUGUGCUCCCAAACAGAAAACGCUGUGUUAAACCGUGCCCCACAUGCAAUGAGAGACAGGAGUUUUAUGCAGCUUUCAUUCAGUGAUGACCGCCCAUUUCUCGUGAUGCAUUGCCUCCAUGGAAAGAAUUUCAUUCCCAACAAUCUCUCUCUCUCUCUCUCUCUGAGACAUAAGAAAACACCUGGUCCGUGAACCCUGCGAUAAAGGGUUCAACUCUUUCUCUCAUUUUAUCACUCAGUGUUCACUCAAGAGUGAAGACGUUUUUCCUCUGCAUCGCUGCAGUCACUUUCUCUGUUGCUUUUGCAGUUUAUGUUUUCUUCUGCUACCAAGACUGGUGAAAGCUUCUAAAGGUUUUCCCUUGAAGUGAUUCAAGCAGCAGCAGCAGCUCGCUGAACAAGAGACACAAGAGUUCAAAAUCCUCAAAUUUAAGAAAAGGGAAAGUUCACUGUGAAGGAAAGUUGCACAUUUUUUUGGUGAAAAGAACAUGCAAAAGUUUUUAAUGUUGUGGUACAGUGUUUGGUAGAGUUUUGAUAACAAUUUUUGGUUCUUGGAGAAGAACACUGUUAAGUGGAGUGGAAGCACUAACACUUCACUUCAGCAGAGAAGAGAAGAGAACAGUGUGCACUGUACAGUGAUGGAAUUUGUAUGCUUGUUGUAUAUUCUGCUAGCUUGGUGUCUUUCAAGUUCUGAACUUGUUGGUGCUGAGCUUCAGGACCAAGAUAUAUUAAAUGCCAUCAACCAAGAGCUUAGAGUCCCUGGAUGGGGGGAUGCCAACAACUCAAAUUACUGCACUUGGCAAGGUGUCAGCUGUGGUAACCACUCAAUGGUGGAAGGCUUGGAUCUGUCUCACCGGAAUCUUCGAGGUAAUGUAACUCUAAUGUCUGAGCUCAAAGCUUUGAAGCGGCUUGAUCUUUCGAAUAAUAACUUUGAUGGAUCAAUUCCUCCUGCUUUUGGAAAUUUAUCUGAUCUUGAAGUUCUAGAUUUGUCUUCAAAUAAGUUCCAGGGUUCAAUUCCACCUCAGUUGGGUGGUCUCACAAACCUCAAAUCAUUGAACCUUUCCAAUAAUGUGCUUGUGGGAGAGAUUCCAAUUGAACUUCAGGGCUUAGAGAAAUUGCAGGAUUUUCAAAUUUCUAGUAAUCAUUUGAGUGGUCUUGUACCUUCUUGGGUGGGAAAUUUAACCAAUCUGAGGCUUUUCACUGCUUAUGAGAACCGUUUAGAUGGCAGGAUUCCAGAUGAUCUAGGCUUGAUUUCCGAUCUUCAAAUACUUAACCUGCACUCUAACCAGCUUGAAGGUCCAAUACCAGCAAGCAUUUUUGUGCCAGGGAAGUUGGAAGUUCUGGUUCUCACCCAGAAUAAUUUUAGUGGUGAGCUUCCUAAGGAAAUUGGGAAUUGCAAAGCCCUUUCCAGCAUUCGAAUUGGAAACAACCAUCUAGUAGGUACCAUUCCAAAGACCAUUGGAAAUCUUAGUAGUCUAACUUACUUUGAAGCCGAUAAUAAUAAUCUUUCCGGUGAGGUUGUGUCUGAAUUUGCUCAGUGUUCUAAUCUGACUCUCCUGAAUUUGGCUUCAAAUGGGUUUACUGGAACAAUUCCACAAGACUUUGGACAGCUUAUGAACCUUCAGGAAUUAAUUCUUUCUGGAAAUAGCCUAUUUGGUGAUAUUCCAACAUCGAUUCUGAGUUGCAAAAGUCUUAACAAGCUUGAUAUUAGCAACAACCGAUUCAAUGGGACAAUUCCAAAUGAAAUCUGCAAUAUCUCCCGAUUGCAGUACUUGCUGUUGGAUCAGAAUUUCAUUACAGGAGAGAUCCCUCAUGAAAUUGGAAAUUGUGCAAAACUUCUUGAAUUACAAUUGGGCAGUAAUAUUUUGACUGGAACUAUUCCUCCUGAGAUUGGUCGCAUUAGGAACUUGCAGAUAGCUUUAAAUUUGAGCUUCAAUCAUCUUCAUGGAUCACUGCCCCCUGAAUUAGGAAAGCUGGACAAACUUGUUUCUCUGGAUGUUUCAAACAAUCGGCUAUCGGGUAAUAUCCCACCUGAGCUUAAGGGAAUGUUGAGCUUGAUAGAGGUGAACUUCUCAAAUAAUCUGUUCGGAGGUCCUGUGCCAACAUUUGUACCAUUUCAGAAGAGUCCUAGUUCAAGUUAUUUGGGCAAUAAAGGGCUUUGUGGAGAGCCUUUGAACUCUUCAUGUGGAGACCUUUAUGAUGAUCACAAGGCUUACCAUCACAGGGUUUCUUACAGAAUCAUACUGGCUGUAAUUGGUUCUGGUUUGGCUGUUUUUAUGUCAGUAACCAUAGUGGUCUUGCUGUUUAUGAUCAGGGAGAGGCAAGAAAAAGUAGCCAAAGAUGCUGGGAUUGUUGAAGAUGGUUCCAAUGACAACCCAACUAUAAUUGCAGGGACUGUUUUUGUUGAUAAUCUAAAACAAGCAGUAGACCUUGAUACCGUCAUUAAAGCAACGCUGAAAGACAGCAACAAGCUCAGCAGUGGAACUUUCAGCACUGUUUACAAGGCAGUCAUGCCUUCUGGGGUGGUCUUAUCUGUUAGGAGACUGAAGUCUGUAGACAAGACAAUAAUCCACCACCAGAACAAGAUGAUUAGAGAACUUGAAAGACUGAGCAAAGUUUGCCAUGAUAAUCUAGUGCGUCCCAUUGGCUAUGUCAUUUAUGAAGAUGUUGCUCUUCUCUUGCAUCAUUAUUUUCCAAAUGGAACAUUAGCUCAGCUUCUUCAUGAAUCUACCAGGAAACCUGAAUAUCAGCCUGACUGGCCAUCUAGGUUAUCCAUUGCCAUUGGUGUGGCAGAAGGUUUGGCUUUCCUUCAUCAUGUGGCAAUCAUUCAUCUUGAUAUCUCUUCUGGCAAUGUUCUCUUGGAUGCAAAUUCCAAGCCGUUGGUUGCGGAGAUUGAGAUUUCAAAACUUCUUGAUCCAACCAAAGGCACUGCAAGUAUUAGUGCAGUUGCUGGUUCCUUUGGUUACAUACCACCAGAAUAUGCAUAUACUAUGCAAGUCACAGCACCAGGAAAUGUUUAUAGCUAUGGUGUUGUUCUGCUGGAAAUCCUUACAACUAGACUACCAGUUGAUGAGGAUUUUGGUGAAGGUGUAGAUUUGGUGAAAUGGGUUCAUAGUGCUCCAGUAAGAGGGGAUACUCCCGAGCAGAUAUUGGAUGCUAAGCUUAGCACAGUUUCCUUUGGUUGGAGGAAAGAAAUGCUUGCUGCUUUGAAGGUCGCGAUGCUGUGCACUGACAACACACCAGCCAAACGACCAAAAAUGAAGAAUGUAGUGGAAAUGCUUCGAGAGAUAACACAAAAUUGAGAACAACAAGCCACUCAAAGAUUCUAUUCUGUGCUGUAAUCUACACCGUUGAAGAUUUGAUGUAUGCAAAUCUCUCAUGGAUACAGAGGAAAUGAUGAAUUACAACUUACAACAACUUUAAAUAGUAGACUUGUAUCAGGAAUUAUUUCAUGUGGUGAAGCUGGUGUGUCAUAGUAAAAUCAGGCAUUGAUAGAACUUCACCUUUCUAGUUUGUCCAAAGGGUUAGUUGUGAAAUGGCAGCUUAUCUAUUUGAGUUGGAUACUAUGUUAGGUUUGGGGAGGAUAAAUGCAAGAAGAAACCUUGAAAUGGGAUAUAUCAGUUCCUGUUGCAUAUAAGCUAGUCCACAGUUUUCAUAUUGUAUUUACUCAUUUGGGAGAUGUAUGCACCUAUCAAUCAGUCUCUUCCCAUUGAAACUAAAAGUUCUAUUUAUUUUUGUUGAGAUAGCAGACUGUAUAUCUGGAUUGUGCACAUGUAUACCGUACCUUCUACUGGA